AUGACUCCUCACUUCACUACUGAGACCACUAGUGUUUGGUCAACUCAACAGUACACCGAUUGCGGCGGCUACAUCACUGAGCUCCAAACGUUUUCGUCUCCAGGCGGAUUUGGUGGAGAAUUCAUCUAUCCCAAUCACGCUCAUUGUGUCUGGACCAUCAACAUUCGAGGAGUUCCCGGUUUCAUCAUCAGCGCCAAUCGAUUCGCCGUCGAACAGGCCUAUCGAUGCCAAUGGGACCACGUCAAGGUCGUUGCCAACGGUGUGGAGAGAAACUUCUGCGGCUACAACAAGGAACAGCCGAAAACCGACUCCGAACCCGACAAAGAAGUUGACGAAGGAGACAAAUUUUCCAGUUACGGUCUCGUCAAUACAUCGCUCAAGGGAUUUCAAGACCUUUUCGUCCUAGGAGGUCAGGCUACUAUCAGUUUCACAACUGACGAGUCUGUAAAACGUCAAGGCUUCGAGUUCGAGCUUAUCGAAGCUGACCGACUCGACAUCAUCGAAUACCACUUUGGCAGAAUCGUCGAAUCUCUUCCAGAAGACGCUUCUUGGGGCGAGCGAUAUGUCAACCGAUUCUACAGAGCCUUCAACAAGGCCGUCAAUUCUGACAACGGCGAAAGCUGCUACGAAGAAAACGGCUUCGGUUCGGAUGACUCCGCCGACGACGUCCAGGUCUUCGACGAGAGCGACUUCUGCAAACUCAAUGGCCAGGUCAACGCCGCCCUCAACAGCUGGGCCCGAAACAACGCAUGCGAAGGACGAGGCAAGGUACACCGACAGAUCAUCCGUUCUGCUCGAAAAACUCGAAACUUCUACAACAAGAAAAUGGGCUGCUAA